AUGAGUCCUUGUCGGUCUGUGAUUCCAUUGGAAUCAAAUCCCGAAAUUUUUACCAAGUUUGCUCGUAGUUUAGGGCUCUCGAAUGGCUACGCAUUUCAUGACAUUUACUCGCUAACAGAGCCGGACCUGAUGGCUUUUUUGCCUCGACCAAUGAAAGCUAUCGUGCUGCUGUUCCCACUCAAUGCCUUUUUCGAUGCUGCCAAGGAUCUUAGUGAAGAUUCAAAUGCUGGUGCCAAAACAGGCGUCUCUGCUGGAGAAAACCCCAUAUGGUUCAAGCAGACGGUCAGAAACGCUUGUGGACUAUACGCUUUGCUACAUUCUCUUUCGAAUAAUCCACAACUUCUGGAGAAUGACUCGAAACUGGGCCACUUUCUAACGCACAACAAGAGAGCCGAUAACAGAUAUGCUGACGACCAAACCGACAACUUCAUCGUGUCCAUAAGCGAAAUGUACAACGAAAAUUCAUCUCUGGGCCAAACCGAAGCACCCAGCGCAGAAGAUGAAGUUGAUCUGCAUUUCAUCACGUUCAUUGAGUCGCAAGGCAACGUUUACGAAAUGGACGGUAGACGCCCGAACGGGGCCAAGUUGAUCGGCAAAAUGUCGUCGGGAGACCUGUUAGAGGACCCUUUAGUCAAGAAAACCGCCCAAUGGUACAUGAAUAAUGCAGACGAAAAGAUGAAGAUGCAGUUUUCACUCUUGGGCCUGGCGCCCACUUGGGAUUAA